AUGGUACAAUUCGACGGUCCUCAUGGAAAGCUUGGACCCAGAUACUUCUACCGUGGCGCUCGUAACCCUCCAGCAGAACCUACUAAACCAUUCGAUGGAAAGACCGUUCUAGUAACUGGAUGCAAUACCGGAGUUGGCUACCAAGCAGCUCUGCAAAUCGCAGCCCUGAACCCUAAAAAACUCAUCCUCGGCACUCGAACAAUCGCCAAAGGAGAAUCCACUCGAGACAAAAUCCUCAAACAGGUGCCCUCAAUCAACCGUUCAGCCAUCGAAAUAUUUGAAAUCGAGUACACAUCAUUCCGAUCCGUAAGCAAAUUCGCCGAAGCAAUCAAGAACUCCGCAUCAACUCUUGACUGCGUCCUCCUCAGCGCCGGUCUCAUCAAUCCCUCGUACGAAGCCACCAAUGAAGAAGGAGUCGGAAGCUGGGAUAUGGCUAUCAAAGUCAACGUUUUAUCAGCUGCUUUGUUGGCGGUUGAGUUACUCCCGCUUUUGAAGCAAGCCCCUGGAAGUGUCCUUAACUUCGUCGGGUCUACUGGUUACUGUAAUGUGACCAGUCAACAACUCAAACCGAUUCUUGACAAGAUUGCAAACAAUCCAGCGACGGAGAACGUAGAUGUAUUGGGAUUCUUCAAUGAUGCGCAGCGCUGGAAUCCUGAGGCAGGGUAUUGCGAGGCAAAGCUGCUCCUCAUGUUUGUUCUUCAGGGGCUCGUGGAGUCUCUUGGUGGAAGCCAGGGUAAAUUACCUGCCUCGAGGAACAAUCCUAUACUUUUAACAUGUUGCCCCAACCAGACCAAAACUGAUCUGGGCCGGAAUUUCCCAGUUGGCAUGAGAGCGUUUAUGUUUGUUUGGAACUCUGUUCUGGCGAGAACAGCUGAGCAAGGGAGUAGGACCUUGGUUUCUGGGCUGAUGCUGGGCGAAGAGGCAAAUGGAAGAUUAUGGGUGAAUGAUCAAUUUGAUGAUCGAUCACCUAAUAUCACGGCAAGCGAGUGGGAGGCAUUGCAAAAGGUGGCAUGGAAGGAGAUCGUGCAGGUUUUGGGAACUUAUAAGCCCGAUUUGACAAUCUGA